AUGGCUGAAAUUCAAGAAGCGGCGCGUCUGAAAGCAAAAGGAAACGAAGCAUUUAAAGAGAAGAAGUAUCACAAAGCGAUCACUUAUUAUACAGAGAGUCUGGAAUGUUUCGCUGAUCCAGUGGUAUUCAGUAAUCGAGCACAGGCAGAACUGAAUGUAGAUCUUCCUGUACUGGCACAAGUUGACUGUACUGCUUCUAUUCAAAGAGAUCCAUCAGCAGCGAAAGCAUAUUUUAGAAGAGCUCAAGCAUUCAAAGCAAUGGAAUUAUAUGAGUUAGCAUACAAAGAUAUGGUGAAAUGUGCUGAAUAUUUAAAAGAUGAGAAAAUGGAAAAGCAGGCAGAAGAGUUGAAAGGAAAGAAAAAUAUCGCAGUUUUAGAGCUGGAUUUAAUUGAAAGAAACGAGUUCCUUCAGUCUAAAGAUGCACUCAAAAAGAUUACAAUUUCCUAUGAUAAAGAGAAAAUUGAAGAAGUGUUAUUGAAGCAACCAGAUGAAGAGAAAGCACCGAAAUAUCUCACGAAACUGCCACCGCAUCCAAAAGAUUAUCAAGAUUUUGUUGCCGCUGUCAGUUUACUCAGUAAAGCUCCUUCCCUAUUGCCUCUUGCUGAAUACUUUUUGAACAUCAAAGUAGAAAAGUAUCACGAGUUGUUCGAUGUACUUCUGGAUGAUGCAUACGCUUCUCACAUCUUCAACGCUCUCAACUUCCAUCUCAAAACCAACCGUACCAUUCCAAAUCUCGCUGAAAGAAUGCUGAAACUUGCCGAUCUCAGUCGUUUCGAUCUCCUUAUUGCACUGAUGCCUAAUAGUCAGAAAACGGUUAUCGCUGAAAUCUGCAAAUACUUGAAAUCAGAAGAAGCGUUUACCGUGACGACUAGGUAUAAUUGUUAA